GAUAGAGAUUGCAACGCUGCAACAAUAGAGAUUGCAACACUGCAAUACUUAGCAACGUUAUCGUAACUACGAGUUCACGUAACUGUUGCUAGCAAUAAUUCAGUUAUAUACGAAUUUACCGAAACGAAAUAAUUCAACAAUAUUAUAGGACACAUAUCAGUGGUCUACAGUAUGAAGGUGUCCUGUACGCCGACUGUUAUACUGCUCUACCUAGUGGUCACCUCGAUGUGUACACCGCUCGAAAAGUGGGAUGCUGACGACAAAAUCCAUACUACAAACAGCAUAGCGUCCCCUGCGAAAGACAACGCUCCACGAAACAAACGUACAAAGCAUAGGAUACGCAAACGAAAUCUGGAUUUGGAUCUGGAUCUGGACUUCAGACUAAGAAGUCCAAUGGAAAACAUCAAACCUAUAAUGGAUCCCGAUUUAGCAAUCCCCAAGUCAGUCUCGAUAGACACUUCAUUCCAGAACGAUGAGAUGAAUCCAGAAGACGGGCUAGAAGCUAAACAUAUCGUGAUUGACUCAACAUUCCAAAACCAUCAAAUACAAGUGGAAACCUCGCAGAAGGAACCGUCUAGAAGAUGGCCACCUCCAAGAGUUCAACAUGAAGAAGAGAGAAAGAACGCAGAUGAAGAGAGAAGGCGAGCGUGGCAGGAAGAACGUGAGCGUGAGUUGUCAAAGAUGUUAGCUGUUCAGUUAAAAGAGGAAAAGGAACUUGCUGACAGUUUUGUUAAUCAGCUAAAAAACGAUGCAAUACUGACUGAGAAAUUGAUGGACGGUGGUCAGGUUCCAUCUUCAUUAAAUGCUUACACCGAUAUUACAGACACUGUUCUGGGAGAGACUGUUGGGACGGGUGAAACUGAAGCAAAACAGUUUGAGCAUGAAGUCGAAGAGAUUGAGGAGGCAGAGACGGACUACGAAGAGGGACGAAACAAGGGCGAUUACGAAUACGACGAUCCAAAGAUGGACUAGGUAGGGGGAUUAGAGAACGGAGAAGCUGGAGAUUUAAACCCCAGUCUCGCAUAUACGAAUUAUAUCCCGAAUGGGCCCGAUUUAAGAAUUAUUGAUGAUUCUUGAUAUACGUACUGAGACCGUAUGGUAUUCUUGGCCUUUCGUCAGUAUUCUUGAAUGUUCUGGAUCGACUCCCGACUGUUUUGAACAUGAUCAAAACUGUCGGGAGUAAUCGUGAAUAAAGUUGAAAUCGUAACCCAAUCUUACAAAUUCAUGAGGGCAUCGUGCGUAACCGUAGUAUGUUCGUAGACGCAUUCGGGAUAUUCGUGGUUAAACGUGGGGUAUUCGUACGACUAUUGAAAGGUAUUUCUCUACCUCUGGCUCUUUCUCUGCCUUUGGUUCUCCACGGUACGCUGGCUCUUCACUCGUCCCUUGCGGCUGGUUGCUGACUUCUUCAUGAGCGGCAUGGUGAUGUUCCCUGCAUGCAGGCAGAACUUCCAAUGAAAUUUGGCCAGGUCAGGUCAGGUCAAAGGGUUUUACGUGCACAUUCAGAGCAAGCUGUUGUAGCGCACGCCUGUCGUGGGCACAAGAGCCGGCCUUGGCCGGCCCUUUUGUCCAAGACAGGAAAGGAAAUUUGGCCUGUUCGGCAGCCUUUAUAUAUGCGUACUGGUUCUCGAGGCAGUCGUACUGAUUCGUGUAGCAGUCCUGCGGAUUCGUAGGCGUGUCGUAGUAAUUUUUGACGCGUUCGGCAUUAAUCGUCAUGAUUCGUAGCGUAUUCGUGAAGGCAUCCUAAGGGACACGUAGUAGGUCGUCCCGAUUCGUAAUGAAUCGGGUUCAAGAUCGUAAUUAUAUCGUAUUAGUCGUGAGCAUUCGUACGCAGUUCGGGAAAGAAGCCGAAUCAUUCAAAUUUUACCGAAAAACAUCGGGAGCAACCGGGGCUGCAUAGGAUCGUAUAUAUUCCUGGACAUUCAGGGUAUAAUUCGUGUAUGUGAGACUGGGGCUUUACGAGCUGUGCCACAAUUUAAUUCAUGGUUUUACUAGCAACCCUAUUUUUUCCUAAAAAUCGCACUUCCAUUAUUGAGGGUACUUUGUACUUGUAUCAACCUCUGGUGUAUACUGCAUUACAAUUGUAACAACUAAGUGUAUUUAUUUAUUUAUUUACAAUGGAUAAUUGUAUUGUAUUUGCAAAAAACAAUUGUGUGUUUUGGGUUGUUUGGGUUUUUUGGUUUUGGUUUUUUUUUGGGGUGUUGGGGCGUGAGGUGAAGUGUUUCUUUUGGAAAUGUGUGUGUGUGUGUGUGUGCGUGUGCGCGCGUGCGAUUGUGCGUUUGAUAACAUGUUCAUGCCUAGGCUAGAGAUACAGAAAUUAUUGUUUCUCCUAUGUUCAAUGUUGUAGUUCUCUAGUUUGAAUGGUUUUGAUUGUGACUAUACAUUUUUGUGACAUUCAUAUAGAAUUUUAUGUACCUACAGAAAUUAAAUAUAUGCAAAUUCAUAAAUUUUACAAUGUGUCAAUCCAUGUUUUCACUAGUUGAUAUUUCUUUAUGUCACUCUUAAUUUAUUAUGUGAUGCAUUUACUGUAUAUUUGAAUUAAAUGUUGUGUUCACAUCGUUGUUUUUAAGAGAUUUAAUUAAUGUUUUUAUUAGUAACCCUAUUUUUUUUCUGAAAAUCACAGUUCCAUUUUUGGGGGUACUUUGUACUGGUUUCAACCUCAGUUGCAUACUUCAUAACAACUGCAUAACAAAUAAGUGUAUUUAUUUAUUUACAAUAGAAAAAAGUUUAGUUUUUUUAAUUUUUGUGUUGUUGGGUGUUUUCUUGUUGGGGUGAGGUGUUUCUUUGGGUAGUGUGUGUGUGUAUGUGUGUGUAUGUGUGUGUGUGUGUGUGUGUGUGUGUGUGUGUGUGUGUUUGAGUGUGUGCGUGUUUCAUAUUAUGUCCAUGCGUAUGCUAGCGAUACAGAAAUUGUUUUCCCUAUGUUCAAAGUUGUAUUUUACUGGAUUUAGUUCGAAUGGUUUAGAUUGUGACUACAUCUUUUGUGACAUUUAUAUAAAAUGUUAUGUGGCUGAAGAAAUUAGAUGCAAAUGCAAAUUCAUAAAAUUUACAACAUAA